CCCUCCUUCCUCUGCACCCGGCGGCGGGCACCGGAGGCUCUGUGCGGGCUCUAGCGGGAGGGGGCCGCGGGCAGUCUGAGGGAAGGCCGGACUUGGUGAUAACGGCUGGGCUCAGGAGGGGCGGGGGCUGGGGAGGAGGAGCGGGAGGAGAGGCCGACCGGCUUUAUUUGGAGCCAGAGCCGGGUUGUCGCUCAGGUGACCAGUGUCUCUUCAAGGAGUGUGCGACCAGCUAGCGGGGGCUCGGCAGCAAUGAUCCAGAAUGUCGGAAAUCACCUGCGAAGGGGCCUGGCCUCAGUGUUCUCCAGCCGUACAUCCCGGAAGUCGGCCUCACGUGCUGAGAACACCAUGGCAGAGGGCGAGGGGUACCGGAACCCCACGGAGGUGCAGAUGAGCCAGUUGGUGCUGCCCUGCCACACCAACCAGCGUGGCGAGCUGAGCGUCGGGCAGCUGCUCAAGUGGAUUGACGCCACGGCCUGCCUGUCUGCGGAGAGGCAUGCUGGCUGCCCCUGCGUCACGGCCUCCAUGGACGACAUCUAUUUUGAGCACACCAUUAGUGUUGGACAGGUGGUGAACAUCAAGGCCAAGGUGAACCGGGCCUUCAACUCCAGCAUGGAGGUGGGCAUCCACGUGGCCUCUGAGGACCUGUGCUCUGAGAAUCAGUGGAACGUGUGCAAGGCCUUGGCCACCUUUGUGGCCCACCGGGAGCUCUCCAAGGUGAAGCUGAAGCAGACCACGCCGCAGACAGAAGAGGAGAAGACGGAGCACAGCGUGGCAGCCGAGCGCCGGCGCAUGCGGCUGGUCUAUGCGGACACCAUCAAGGACCUCCUGGCCAAUUGCGUCAUUCAGGAUGAUCUGGAGAGCAGGGACUGUAGCUGCAUGGUGCCGGCAGAGAAGACCCGAGUGGAGAGUGUGGAGCUGGUCCUGCCCCCCCACGCAAAUCACCAGGGCAACACUUUUGGGGGCCAGAUCAUGGCCUGGAUGGAGAACGUGGCCACCAUUGCAGCCAGCCGGCUGUGUCGAGCCCACCCUACUCUGAAGGCCAUUGAGAUGUUCCACUUUCGGGGCCCAUCCCAGGUUGGGGACCGUCUGGUGUUCAAGGCCAUCGUGAACAACGCCUUCAAACAUAGCAUGGAGGUGGGUGUGUGUGUGGAGGCCUAUCGCCAGGAGGCUGAGACCCACCGGCGGCACAUCAACAGCGCCUUUAUGACCUUCGUGGUCCUGGAUGCCAAUGACCAGCCUCAGAUGCUGCCCUGGAUUCGACCCCAGCCUGGGGAUGGUGAGCGGCGGUACCGAGAGGCCAGUGCCAGGAAGAAGAUCCGCCUGGACAGGAAGUACAUCGUGUCCUGUAAGCAGGCGGAGAUGCCCCUGUCUGUCCCCUGGGACCCUAGCAACCAGGUGUGCCUGAGCUACAACAACGUCUCUUCCCUGAAGAUGCUCGUGGCCAAGGACAACUGGGUGCUGUCCUCGGAGAUCAACCAGGUCCGCCUGUACACUCUAGAGGAGGACAAGUUCCUCUCCUUCCACAUGGAGAUGCUGGUGCACGUGGACGCAGCCCAGGCCUUCCUGCUGCUCUCAGACCUGCGUCGGAGGCCCGAGUGGGACAAGCACUACCGGAGCGCGGAGCUAGUGCAGCAGGUGGACGAGGAUGAUGCCAUCUACCACGUCAUCAGCCCCCCUCUCGGCAGUGAUGCCAAGCCCCAGGACUUUGUGAUCCUGGCCUCUCGGCGGAAGCCUUGUGACAAUGGGGACCCCUACGUCAUCGCACUGAGGUCGGUUACGCUGCCCACGCACCGCGAGACGCCAGAGUACAGGCGGGGGGAGACCCUCUGCUCGGGCUUCUGCUUCUGGCGCGAGGGGGACCAGUUGACCAAGGUGUCCUACUACAACCAGGCUACCACGGGCCUUCUCAACUACGUGACCACCAAUGUGACCGGCCUCUCCUCCGAGUUCUACACCACCUUCAAGGCUUGUGAGCAGUUCCUCCUGGACAACCGGAACGCUCUGGCCCCCAGCCUCCAGACCCUCUAGGCACCCUCAGUGACCACCUCACACCCACUCCCAUUCCAUCCUGCCCCGAGGACACAUGUGCAGUGCACUGAGGAAGGCAGAGGCAUUUAUUCCUUUCCGCCUCCCCCUUGGGAAGCCUCUACCCAGGGGUCUGCCAGCCCAGCACCCCUGGGUGGUCAGUUUCUACCAACAUCUGCCAGCAAGUCUUCACGGAAACCCUGGGGUAGCUUGUAGUAGACUCGGGUCUUAUCCACGGCUCUGGCUGCCAGCAGCACUCCCCGCACAGAUGCGUAGUUGCCCCGACCAGGGUUGUGCUCCACUGUGACAGUGGCCCGGGGGGAGGCUGCCAGCAGCCUGUCCACCACUCCAGCCGUGCUCUGGCCCAGCGGUCCAGCCUGCAGCUGGAAGGACACAGGUUGCCAGAGGCCCUGGCAUAGAUCCAGCAUAUCUGUGAGCAGCUGUUCCCUGUAGCCACUGCCCAGCACUUCCUCAGGCCAGCGUGGUGCCACUGUCACAUGGGGGAAAACCUCAGCCAUAGCUGUAAGAAACUCCUUGCCAGCCAUAUAGCCAGGGACCACAAAACUCCCGUGGGAGAUUGUGGCCCCGACCCACACAGGCCUAGACAGGUGGCCUAGGGCAGAGAGGUGGGCCAGCAUGGCCAGGGUUGGCCGGAGGGCUGUGGGCUCUGCAAUGUGCACAUGGACGCCCCAGCGUCGGGGGUGUGUGGCCAGCUGCUGCAGGCAGGACUCCAGUGUCAGGGCACGGCCAUCUGGGGCACGCACGAAGGGCAUGGGGUUCUCAGCUGCGGGCUCCUGGAGGCCAACGUUCAGCAGGAUCAUGCCUUCUCUGUCUGGAAGAGGUAGUGCAGGAAGAGUGUCUAGGGUUUAGGUUAUCCUGGGGUGACAGAGGCCCUUGCUGAAGCUAAAGGGAUAGCAGGGGGGUAAUGGGACCUGUUGAUGGGAUCUGGGUUCCAGAUGAAAGGGCUGCUUUAUAAAUGUGCCCGGGGCUCAUGAGAAUUAACCAAUAAGCUGUUAACUCAGUUCUGGGCCCGUGCCCGCCUCUCCUGCAGCAUGAUGUGACUGAGGGCUCACAGGUGCUGGUCUGAAGGCAGGAGCCCCACACUCUUGCCAGCACUGUACUCCCUAACCUCAGCAGCUGUGUUGCCAUGGUAACUGAGGCCUGAGGUGGCUUCCCCAGCAUGGGAAACCCUCACAGUAAAGCUAGGAGCACAAGGACUGCAGGCAGACCUUACCUGGGAGGCCCACUGUUGCUGUGCUUCCAUUGCCCUGAAUGUCAGGAACCAGCCACUCCACGCUCAGACUGUUAUCCCCAGGGAGUUGGAGAAACGGGAUCAGGCUGCCCCCAGUGUAGUAGUUUUGCUUCCGUGAGGCAUUCACUGUGGGACAAAUUGCCAAGAUGAAGUGACCACCAGCCGUGGGGCACCUUCUAUGUACCAUGGCCCUAUACACAUCCUCCCUAAGCCUCACCGCAAGCUUCCGGGGAGCUGUAACUCCCUGUUUUGUAGAUUACAGGUGACUUGCCCAAGGUCCUGUAGCCAGGAGGCGGAGUUGCUUUGAUUAGAACCUGAUGGAACCAGAUCCAUCUGGCCCCAAAGCUGGUAUUCUUUCCCCUCGCCUAGAUGGCUCCCAUGGCAGGAGUGUUGGGUCUGAUGGGUCCCCUUUGAGAUGACUUAACUGCAGGCUCUCCUAAGUUUGGAGUCCAGGGAAUGAGGGUUUGGACAAAGGAACAGGUAGUGUCUGGAUCAUUGAUUAGCAGGUAUGGUGGAGCGGCCAUUCUCUGAACUGCCAGAGUAACUCUCAGAGGAGCUGUGUUACAAGGGGAAGCAGAUGGGGUUUGGAAUUUGCUGGUUCCAGUCUGAGCUAUGCCACAUACAAGCUGAAUGACUGUGUAAAUUACAUAACUGUUCUGUAAAAUGGAAUCCAUGCUUCAUGGAUCUAUGAGACUUAGACAGCAUAUUGUAUCGGGGUCUGGCAUACAAUUGAUGCUUAAAACAAUUCCUUCCUCCCAUCCCACCCAGGAUUUCCCCCUGCCAACGCUCCACCCUUCCUAGCUCUGCUCCACCAAUUGCUGCCCUGUGUGGAAUCCAGCCCCACCGCCCUCCCCACCCUCCCCACCCUCCCCAGACCCCUCCCUACUGGCAAGCUGCCUGAACUGUGACAGGACAGGCUCGAAGAUGUCAUAGUAGACUUGGUGGGGGGCGGUGUUGUCCCGGAUGUAGAGGAGAUCAUCCACUGACACGGAGUCUGAGGUGGCCUGCCACAGCGUCAGGCUGUACCUGGGGCCCAGAGAGCCGGCUCAGUGCCUGUCGGGCUCAGCAGUCCUCAGCCCCACUUCUGUGCUCAGAGCUAGACCCUAGCUGGGCAGGGGCAGAGCACUACCUCCUUCCUGGGGGCAGAAGAAACCACAGAGGCUUAGAUGGAGGGAGGGGAUGGCCUGCCCUGCCUCCUCACUUGGAGUGUCUAUUUUUGGGUCUUGCCUUAGGAAAAAGACAAGGACAGGAGAGAUGGGCACAGGCGGUAGGGGGAGAGGUCAGGUAUGAAGAGGGGAAAGGGGCAGCCUCCAGACUCCUGUGGGGAGAGACUAAGAAAGGUGGUGCUGGGCAGCUGGGAGCAGAGUGCAGGGGUGGGGAUGGGGGUUUCUCAAUCCCUACAGAGCUAUCCUGGGGCAAAGGCUGCAGGUGCAAUCUGUGCAGCCCCAGGGGCAUAGCCAGCUCCCAUGGGAGAAACUGGGAGACAAACUGUGUCUCAGCAUAAACACUUUCCAACAGGCAAGAUUAUCUACCAAUGAACAGGCUGCCUCAGGUGAUAGUGAGCUGCCCAUUAGCAGAGGUAUAUAAGCAGGAAGCAGGGAAGCAGGGACACUGUAGGGAAAGGGGGCACCAGAGGGGGUUGGACCAGAUGAUCAUUAAGACUCUUCUAGCCAUGAGCACCUGGGAUCUUCCUGGAGCAUCAGUGCCUGGGAAUGGGUUUGGAGAGAGCAGGGGCUGUGGCAGGGGCCUGGGAGCUCUCACCUCUCAGACUGGCCCAGCAGCCAGCUGAAGUGGGGCCAGGCAGACCGCGCCAUGAGAGCGUACAAAGGGAAGGUGACCUUCUGUGGCAGUGCUCCCACCAGCUCCUGCAUCUUCUCCACCAUGGCUCGGGUAUACGUACUGUUCGGGAACAUGGGCAGGUAGAGGGUGGUCCAGCCUGUAGACAGGGUUGCCUCAGGAUAUUUCUCCUGGGCCAAGGCCAGGAACCUGAAAAGGAUAAAAGAUGCUGAUCUUUUAGAGCCCCUUCCUCAUCUCCUGGGUUCCCAUCAAUGCUAAGAAGAGGCAGGACCUAUUGCAUCUAUGAGAUAAGGGCAGAGUCCUAAGGAACAGAAGUCCCACAGUAGGACUUGGACUUUGGUGUCCGGGAGGUCUGGAUUUGGGUCCUGACUCUGUGACCUUCGGUAGCUCACCCAACCUCUUUGAUUCUCAAAGAUGGCAUCCUUUCAAGCAGGACAGGGCUUCUUAAACGUCCCUACCUGGACAGGGGGCACGCAGUCCAGAACCCCGGGUGUGGGAUCUGGGUUCUAUCAUCUGUGGAGUCUCUGAACUUCCAGAUUUUAUUUUAAAAUUUCGUUCAAAUUUUGCCCUGAUGCGGAUUUUAAUAGGUAAAUAAUCACCCUUUCCCUCUCCCCAAAUUAUUGAGUAAAAUCAUUCUGAGAAGAUGAACCACUUUUAUCUUGGGCCACUGACUACGUUUUCAAACUGCUGCUUUCCAGAUGCACCUCAGUUUGAGAAUCAUGAUAAAUUUUGGAUGGAUGGAUGGUUGGCUGGCUAGCUGGCUGGAAAGAUGGAUGGACGGAUGGAUGGAUGGAGAGGUGAAUGGUAAAGAGCAUGAGGGUUAGAAUCAUAAAAGCCUGGCUCUGAAUCUCUGCUCUGUGUAUUACUAGACUUAGGCAGAUCAUUUAAUUUUAGUGAGAUAGUUCCUGUAUUAACAAAAUGAAAAUAAUAGUACCUACCUCAUUGUCAUUGUAAGAGUUAAAUGGUAUUCUACAACUAAGGUACUUAAAACAGUGCCUGUGAUACAUAAUAAACAGUCAACAGAUUGAGCCUCAA